AUGGUCCUUUUGGCCACCGUCCUUCCGCUGCUGGGCUUCAAAAACCUAGUCUCCCUCAGCCUCUACACCGACUGGGACCAGGACGUGGAUCCCGAUGGCAUCGCUGACCUGGCAGAGUGCCUCCCCCUCUUCCCGCGCCUGGAGCGGCUCGAGAUCGACCUCGACACCCCCUUGCGAGAGACGUGCGGCCUGGGCGUGCUGGUCGACGCCGCGGCGCGUCACCUGCCCGAGCUGCGGUCCCUCUCGCUGCGCAGCGUGCGUGCCGACGGCAGCCGGGCGCUGCGGGACGCGCUGGCCAGCAGUGCAUGGCCCCACCUGCAGGAGCUAGCCGCUGAGCGACUGGCACCCGAGGCGGCGGAGGUGCUGGGCGCCUGCCCGGCGGGCCUGACCGUGCUCACGCUGCCGCUGUUGACGGGUGGAGCCUACGGCGCGGCCCUGCGGGCCCUGAGCGCGGCGGCCGCGGCGGGGCGGCUGCGCUGCCUGCGGCAGCUGCUGCUGCUGUUUGGGGACGACGACGACGAGAUGCUGACCGUUGAGGACGUGCGGGCGCUGCGGGGCGUGGAGCUCCCGGCGCUUGUGAGCUUGGUGGUGGACAGGAUCAGCGCUGGCGCCGACGAGGACCCGGCCCCCCACCUCGCCGCGAUGCGCCUGCCGCGGCUGCGGCGCCUGGAGGUCGACGUGUGCUCGUUCGAGGCCGCCGCGGCGCUCGCUGCGGCGCCGUGGAUGGCGGGCGUGGAGGAGCUGGCCAUAUCUGGGGAUGCGGACGUGGCGGCAUCGGGCCACUGGCUGAAAGCGCUGGCCGCCGUGCUGCUGCCUUCGCUGCGCAUCCUGCACCUCAAGGUGUCUUCGCCGACCGCCCAAGCUCGCCCGGCGCGGGUCGCGUCGCAAUUGGACGUCGUGCGUAUUCUGGCGGAUGCACCGUGGCUGCCCAGGCUGACUGGCCUCCGUCUGCAAUGCCCUUACGCCUGCCAAGAGGAGGCGUCGGCCCAGCGGGCGUGGGCCGCCCUAGCCGCCGCCCCACUCCAUUCGCUGCGGCGCCUGGCCGUCCCAGACAUGUUUUGGGGGCUGUACUCAACUCGCUACAGCCCGCCUUGCGCAGCGAUGAUGCGGGCGGCUGUGGUGGGGGUGGAGUGCAUGGCUGCGGCCCCCUGGCUGCCCAACCUAGACGCGCUCGAGCUGCCUCAGGAUUACGAGGAAGCCCUUGCCAUUGCGGCGCGGCGCUCCCCUGCCUUCGUGCAGCUGCAGGCCCGAGGGGCCGUUCGGUUCGGUGAUGCGAUGUAUUGA